AUGUGCAGGGACGGCCAUUCUGCGUCUGUUGCGCUUCAUCAUGCACAGUCGCUGAGUGGCGGCACCCCGCUGUGCCACAGAGGCGGGAGAUGGGCCGCUAUAGCCGUGUGGCCAUCCAUCAAGGCGCUGACACAGUGGCAGAAGGGUGUGAUAUUCGCUGGCUUCGCUGCCCUAGCGGCUGUGGCAGUCAUUGCCAAGCUGCAGAAAUCACAGGUGAGCACAAGAGAAACAAAGAUAUUGAUGCAUUCAUUGAUCUAUCUCCCCCCGUGUGCGUGUUGUUUUGCUGCAUGCCCUCAGAAAGUCAAGCUGGGGGGACUCAUACGCCGUCCUACGGUGGACAGCGACGCAAUCGCACAAGAGUACUGCAAGCACAGUGGAGCAAUGUGUUCUCAUGCAUUUCACUCUGGCGCUGUGCGUGCGUGCGUGGGUGUGUCAAGCACGAGAAGGCUCUCGAGGCUGAGAGGAGCAAGGUGCGGUUACUCGAGAGCCAGAUGCACACAUUGGCGGCCGAGCUGGAGGCGCAGCGCGAUCGCGUCAAGGACUUCGAUCAGCUCAAGAGCAAAUACGACAAGGUACACAGAUCUGCAGGCGAUCAGACGGAGGACAUGACCACCACCGGCCACACACGGAUCGCUGCCGCUGUGUUGUGUGUGUCAGGUGGUCGCCGAUAUGGCUCGUGUGUCUGAGGAGAAAGCACUCGCGGACAAGCAGAUCCAGGAGGUGCGGCUGGAGUGGCUGGAACAAAAUGGAUACAUACAUGCUGCCUUGCCUGCGUAUCGAUGGUGGUCAGUUGGUGGAUCGUAUCAAGGUAGCAGAGGAGCAUGCUGCUCAGGCCGCUGCAGAGAGCAAGCAGAUGAGGGACAAGGUGGCAGGCGUCAAAGUGACGGGCGUGCAAGAGCACGUCAACAACGAUGUGCCGGUAAGUAAGGGAGAGACCUCCCGAGGUGGCCCAGAGAGGACGUACGUCAUGACUGUGUGCGUGUCUGUCAUGGUGUAGGCUGUGCCCGCCAGUCGCACCGACAUAUACGAUUGGGUGAACCUGUACAAGAAGGACCAGCUCAUCCACUUCGCUAAGGUAACCAACCAGCCACCACCCCCACACACAUUCACACCCACACACCCACACCGCCAACCUGCCGUGAACAUGGGUAUGUCUUUGCUGCUGUGUGUGGUGCUCUGUGUUUGUGUGUGUAGGUGUACGGUGUUGACACCCGCAAGGGGCAGACAAAGAUGGCGAUUGUUGAUGAGAUCGCCAAGGCCAUCUACUCACCCACGACUGGCGACGAGUGAAUGCAUCCACUGCCAGCCAACCGAGUGCCGUCGAUCAGUGUACAGUCAGGUCAAGUCCGCCCAGUCAGUGCAUCGCAUCCAUCACGAUUCGGUGGACGUGAUUAGCCCCCGUGGCUCCAUGUAUGGGUGGGUGUUG